CGGAAUUAAUUCCGAUUUCGGAGCAAAAGCUCUUUCAUCAGGUGGUGUUGGUGGGAUUCUUAAGAAGCGUGCUGACGAUGAUGAUAAUGUCAUCGGAUUCGUUGAACGUGGAAUUGUUCCCGGCUCUGCCA